ACUGCUCUUCAGCUCCUCUGUUGCUUUAAGCUUUCAAAAACUUAUAGCAUUUCUGUUGUGUUUUGUUUUAAAUGUCACCAUUUCAGAAUUCAUGUCUGGUGUUAUAUGAAGAAAAUGGAAAAUGUUGAGACUUUUAUUUUCAUCUGUUUGUGCUCAUGGAGUCUGGCUGGUGUGUUUGGUGAUGAAGUGAAGUCAGUGUCAGUGAUGGAGGGAGAUUCGGUCACUCUAAACACCGGUGAUACUGAUAAACAGAAAGAUUAUCAGAUACUGUGGAAAUUUGGACACAACAGCACUCUCAUAGCUAAAAUCAACAGAAAGAACAAUGAGACCACGUUUUAUAAUAAUAAUGCUGAUGGGAGAUUCAGAGACAGACUGGAGCUGGAUCAGACUGGAUCUCUGACCAUCACGAACACCAGAACCACAGACUCUGGACUUUAUCAAGUCACCAGCAUCAGAGCACAGACGCCGCUCAACAGAUUCAGUCUUACUGUCUAUGCUCAUUUGCCUGUUCCUAUCAUCAGCAGAGACUGUGCUUCAUCAUCAUCACAGCAGAAUUGUUUAUUGUUGUGUUCAGUGGUGAAUGUGAGUGAUGUGAGUCUCUCCUGGUACAAAGGAAACAGUUUAUUGUCCAGCAUCAGUGUGUCUGAUCUCAACAUCAGUCUCUCUCUACCUCUGGAGGUGGGAUGUCAGGAUAAAAACACCUACAGCUGUGUGAUCAACAAUCCCAUCAGCAACCAGACCACACAUCUGAACAUCAGUGAAUUCUGUCAGACUUGUGCAGAACAUGGCCUGAACAUUGUGCUGAUCUCUGCUGCUGCUGCUGGAUUUCUGUUGAUUGUUGCUGCAGUCAUAAUCUUCUGCACCUGCAGGAAACAUAACAAAGUAAACCAAGAAAGCAAGUAUGACCUAAUGCUUAUUUGUAAAAUAAUAAAUAAAUAA